AUGUCGGCGUUGAUUUUGUCGGUCUUCAUUUUGCUAUUUGCCGAAGCCUAUACGCUUUUCCUAUUAAAGCCUUACGAUGCCCGUUUGGUGUCCUUCAUUUCGCUGAGCGACGGAGUCUGGGAUGUCAGCAAAGUGCGUCUCAUAGGCCGUGACCGCAAGAUGAAUGGAACAAUCAGCUUACUGGAAGACAUGGACGAUGAUCAAUAUUCAUUCUACGCCGAGGCAUACGUCGAUACGAGUGGCAGUGGCAUCUACAAGAAGCUUCCCUACUCGAUGCCCAUGACGCCCGCCUGCAAGGGAUUCAAGAUGUAUCUGCCGUACUUUGCGGACAGUGCCAAGGUCGGAGUGAACAUCGAUUUUCCCGUCGAUGGACCGCCAUGUCCGUUACCAAAGGGCACGUAUUAUCUAAAGGACAUUCUUCUCAACACGUCCAAGUGGCCGUCUGUAAUGCCGCGGGGUUACAUGAAGGGAGUAUCGUAUUUCUUCAAGAAUGGCAAAAGUGCAGGAGUCCUUGAAGUAACUACCCAUGUGGUGGAUCGAGAUUAGCCCUAAAGACAGGACAGGAAUCGUACGAUCAGUCGGCAGAUCUCGCACCUUUUCCAUAUACUAUUUGGAUCUCUCCUAAUCACCUGAAAUCCAAACGAUUGUUAAAUCUCUAAUAGAUCUACUUGAACCAUGUUUCAAUACAGAAUU